AUGGUCAUAAGCAAUAGUGGCAUUAAGAUUCGGCAGUCCCCAAGCCUCAAUGAGGUCCGGGCUUUUCUCCGCGGCCUGGGUGCACAUAGUCAUGACGCAUCCCGUCCCUGGCGUCUCCCACUUCGCCGCCUCCCGCACUUCAAGCGCGCCUUCGACGCCACCUGGCGGCCCAUCCUCCUCCACUGGGUCGCCCUCGAGUUCGUCCGCUGGGUGCCCACCGUCCUCUUUGCGCUGCUCGGCGUUCACCUGCCCGAGGUCCGCGACGGCGGCCGCACCGACGUCAGCGACGUCACCGGCACCGACGCGGCCAAGCUCAUCGUCAUCGCCGUGUCUCCGCCUUCCUCGGCACCGCCCUCAUCAUUCCCACCCACGUCAUCCUCGUCCGCGUCCAGGCCUCGCUGCUUCCCGGCGAGGACGACGCCAUCAUCCCCUUUGACCAUUCAAUAUUCCAUGGGUGCUACUACUUCGACGGGCGUUUGA